UACAACCACACCCCAUCAAUGAGAUCCAACGAAGGCUUGGAAGACAAGCACUCCAAGUCAGUUCUACUCAACUUACAAUUUAACAUAUGAAUUUAUCUCUAAACCAACAAGCUUGAUCUUCUAUCUCAAGAACACUUAUUGAUUUCUGCAACAAUUUGACUUUGUUGAGUGAAUGGAAUGAGAGGGCCUUAGCAGUAGCAAACAUUUUGUUUUUGAGAACAGUGCAAAUGUGCCAUGUUUUAUGUACUUGCCUGCCACUCAAAUUGGAUUCAUUUCAUGCCCUGCCAAUCUAACGUCAAAUUCGCUCUUGUUGGGUUUUUCUUAAAUCUUACUCAUGCUUCCCAAUUUUUAAGGCUUCGGGUUUCUAUCAAAUGGGACGGAGGUUUACUUCGUUUUCUGAAUUGGGUUGCUUUGAAUUCCUUCGAUGAAAUAUUAUUCAAUGUUUUAUUUGUGAAGGCCAGUCUAUUCUGUAACCACUGGGGAGCUGGGGAUUGCUGUUGCUUGCAGUAUACAUUACAUUACAGGCUAGAAGAUUGUGUUGCUGUUAGGCCUGUCCAACUUGGUGGCCCACAGAGAGCUCCAUUCUAUCUCCCAUGAGGCUUCUCCUCAAGUCUAAGGCUGUCCAAGUGAGGUAAAAGAGAGGAAAGGGUCUUCUCAUCAUUGCUCUAAAAUCCAAGGUGUUCUUCUUCACCACGAAUCCAAAAACCCAUGAUUUUGUGCUUCUACAGGGAUUCCUGGCAACUGGAGAAGAUUGCAACAAUUGGAUUUUUACCAGGCUUUCAGAAUUUUUCCUCAAAAAGAGUAGUUAAUGUAUGCUGUGCUUGGAAAUUCUUUGCUUCCAGGCUGCCCAGCUAGUCCAUGUAUCUGACUGGAGCCCUGCUUGCAUAGAUGAAAUUUGCAACGUGAUCUAACACCACCCCUUUUACUAUCAAACCCAAACCGAUUAAUACAUUAGCGGCGGUAUUUAAUUGUAGAUUUAAGCGGAAUUUGAAAAUGGCAACUGAAGGGUUCUUGAAUGCUGAGUUAUCUAAGAAGACAUUCAUACUUGGGCUGAAAUUAUGGGUCUUAAUUGGCAUAGCUGUUGGAGCAUUCAUUGUGUUAAUUCUCUUUAUGCUGUCUAUAUGGCUCACUUCCCGGAGAAAAUCAAGGAGAAUGCUGGAAAAGAUACCUGUGACCCAGAUCCCAUCAGUUUCAAAGGAGAUCAAGGAAGUCAAGGUUGAUAGGAAAUGGGUUAACAAUUUUCCCAUUGCAGAUGGUCUCCUCCUUACUAUUCAGGGAAAGUCUCGUGACAGAGAUUCAGAUAGGGCUUUGAUGCGUAAUACAGAGAAAAUUAGUCCAGGGGGUUGUAUGGGUGAACAAAAGGGUAGAAACCCACAAUCAGGAGAUGAGGGGAGCUCAGGGACACAUUCUAUUUAUAGAGACUCUUCAUCUUAUGCAAUGAGUACAUCCUCACUAAUGAGUGGCAUGCCUGAAGUUUCACAUCUUGGAUGGGGUAAUUGGUUCACCCUAAGGGACCUUGAGAUUGCUACAGAUUAUUUUGCAAAGGAAAAUAUAUUGGGUGAAGGUGGAUAUGGAAUUGUUUACAAGGGUCAACUUGCAAAUGCAACCACAGUCGCAGUUAAGAACCUUUUUAACAAUUUAGGCCAAGCCGAGAAAGAAUUCAGGGUGGAAGUAGAGGCCAUUGGUCGUGUACGACAUAAAAAUCUUGUCAGACUGCUUGGAUAUUGUGUAGAAGGAACUCACAGGAUUUUGGUAUAUGAGUAUGUUGACAAUGGCAAUUUGGAGCAAUGGCUUCAUGGAACUAUGAGGCAACAAGGCAUUCUGACAUGGGAGGCGCGCAUGAAGAUUAUCUUUGGAACUGCAAAAGCGUUGGCAUAUUUGCAUGAGGCACUGGAGCCAAAGGUUGUUCACAGGGACAUUAAAGCGAGCAACAUUUUAAUAGAUCAUGACUUCAAUGCCAAGGUGUCUGAUUUUGGAUUAGCAAAGCUUCUUGGGUCAGGAAAGAGCCAUGUUACCACAAGAGUAAUGGGCACAUUUGGCUAUGUUGCUCCAGAAUAUGCAAAUACGGGGUUGUUAAAUGAAAGAAGUGAUGUAUACAGCUUCGGUGUCCUUCUCCUCGAGGCUAUUACUGGAAGAGAUCCAGUUGACUAUGGUAGACCUGCAGGAGAAGUUAACCUUGUCGAUUGGUUAAAGAUGAUGGUAGGAAGUAAACGUGCGGAAGAAGUUUUAGAUCCAAGUUUAGAAGUAAGACCAUCCACAAGAGCUCUCAAGAAGGCACUUUUGGUUGCAUUAAGGUGUGUUGAUCCAGAGUCCCACAGGAGACCUAAGAUGGGCCAGGUUGUGCAUAUGCAUGAGACAGAUGAAUUUUUAUUUCGAGAGGAUCGAAGAAACAGAAUCAGUCAGGCCAAAGGCAUAGAGGCUGGUAACCAAAAGGGUACAAUCCGUCAAGUUCCAAAAGAGGGUACUUCUUCCAAAGCUGGAGGAUCAAAAACACAACGAUGACUAGAUGGAGUGAGAAGAUACAAAGAAAAUAGUUUGAAGAUGCGCAUGAUUUCAGGCAUGAUAUUAGCCUUGGUUUUGAUGAUUUGAUCGUCUGCCUACAUUCUCUUUAGUCACUAGAAAUCUUUAAGAAACAAGAAAGCUUUCAGGAUUAGAAUUCUUUGUUAUAGCCACUGCAUGAGCACCGUCCAAGUCCUGUUACAUUGCUAUUGGGGAAGAUGAUUUUUCUCUCAAAUAUUGAAAGUUUAUUAUAGUAAAGAAGGCUACAUGAUACUGUAUGGCCAGGAAGUUGUGUUGAUGCGAAAGGAAUGGGAAAGGUAAUGUCAUUAUUAUCCAUAAGAUUUAGGUGGAAGUUCAGUGGGCUGAGAUGUAAGAGAGCAUUUGUUUUCUUAGAAGGAUUGGUUCAGCUGAGCACACACCAUUUGUAAAGUUGUAGGAUUCUUUUCGAGAUUUCUUUAUUAUCGAGAACUUUUUAGGCUUGAGCAUUCUAUCAAUCAAUUGUAGAAGAUAUAUUCAAGGUUUGUUCUUUACCUUUUUAAUAAUUAUUUAAAAGCAGCUACAUUUUUAAACUACA